AUGGGAGCAGCGCAUGCGCUUGGGGGCUACAAAGUAGCUAGGGUCUUAGCUCUAUCAAGUUGGUAUACUAAUUGGCAUUUUAAAAGGGUGAUAUCUCGUCAAGCUAAACAGUUAUUGUUAGUGUUGUCCAUAACUGCUAAAUUGGCAGUGCUCGGUCCCGCUGCAUUCCAACGGCAUGCUGUUCACGCUUCCACCUUCAUAUGUUUGGACGUAUUAGCCCUUGUGGAACCCAAAGUGGAUAUUGAAGGAGUUCAUGCAAUGAACAAGGACGUGAAAUCACCGCUACUGGACCGUUGCGAGGCGGCUGAAGGGAAGCAUGCCGCAUCUGAGAGCCUACCAACUCGCCAAGCUUUCGAGGCCCUUAUAGAGCCCUUGAGCUUACAAGCGCCUCUCGAUGAUUUAGGGAGCGUCCAGCCUCCCAGUGCAUCAGAAACUCGCAAGUCGCCCUCUUUUGUCGCCGGCGUGUCAGAAAAAUUAGCUGCACUCGCUAAGCUCUUGCGCAAGUCCCCAGGAAACACUGAAGGUGGAGCAGAAAGACGAACUAUUCAGGCUGAGCCAGAGCCCAGACAGGAGCAAGGCCACCCAUUGAAAUAUCUAACGUUGGCGGCUGGUGUGCUCACUGGCAUCUGGGGAUGGCGCGCUGCGCGAUCCAUGGAGCGGGUGGUUUCCCGGCGUUAUUCAGAUAUUGCAUACCAAAUACGGCGGCCUGACUCGAUUAGUGCUCGCAUUAGCGCCUUCAAGUUUCUGGUCCUAGGUGGGCUUGUACUUCCAGGAUCGGGCGUUGCGUUCGUCAGCUGGCAGUCCCGUCUACAGCUGUCUCGGUCAGCUGGCGCCCCUCACGAGCCCCCGGAUACCGACAAGCCGCCACUACAGUCUACUGACAUUUCUAACUCUAGGCGACCACUUAUCUCCGAAGUGCUACCACUAGGAGUACAGAUUGAAUUGCGUCGGAUGGCUGUGUCAUUCCGCGGUGGCUUGGAGGCAUUUGUUGAGGCUGUUGCACCGUCAAGGGAAAAGUGGGCAGAAUGGGCAGCAGGUGCGCGGGUAUCACAUAUCUCAGGCUUUCAGCGACCAUCAGCUGUGGGCUCCCGCCUGCCCACGUGGGUAUCAGAAGAUUCCAAAAGUGCAGAUUGA